UCCGUGUCCUUUCCCGGAAAUGAUUGGUUGGCAUUGGCAACGUUUUAGCCAGGUCUAACGGCGUACACAGUCUCUGAAUAAAGAAAUCGAAAGGAAAGAUCAUAAAUAAGAAUCCAGCUGAGGAUUUCUGAACCUUUGUAUCCUUCAAAUCCACUCACCAUAGAGGAGCGAGGAGCGAGUACAGACUGCAAACAGAAUGACCAGCUGUUUUCAUGUUUAUGAAGCUCAUCUGCUCCCAGGAUGGUGAAUAGUUACAAGCGGACUUCAAGCCCCCGAUCCCCUACUAACAGUGGGGAGCUUUUCACCCCCGCACAUGAGGAAAAUGUGCGCUUUAUACAUGAUACCUGGCAAUGUGUGCUCAGAGAUAUCAGAUCAACACAAAAUAGUGAACGUAAUGACCGCGGACCACAGGAGUAUGUGGAGAAGAACCCAAAUCCUAACCUACAUUCUUUCACGCCGGUGGACCUGAGUGACCUCAAGAAACGCAACACACAGGACUCCAAGAAGUCCUAGUCUUUCUGAUGAUGGUCCGGUCGCUUUUUUCCACCCAUUAUCCUCGAGAACUUUUCCUCCAUCAGCCCUUGGUCAGCCAGAAAGUCAGCCCUGUCGGCCAGUCUAGCGCAGAAUGCCAAUCUCGUUUUUAAACUCUGGACCAUAGCAACCCCUCAUCUCUUUCUUUAUCCUCUACAACCAACUACGAAGAAAAGAACUGGGAUUUUAAGGAGAACAAACUCUCCCCUCUCUUGGUUCAUGUUUUUUUCAAGUCACAAUAUCCUCAUAUGUACAUUGUUUAUGUGGAUGGGACUGAUGCAAACUUUCAUCAAAAUUUGCUGACAUCUGAUGCUGAGGUACAAACUGUUGACACUCUCCACAGGACACAAAAGACUGCAGUCUUAAAUCCAAACCCUCUUUUCUUUACUACUGCUACCUAUAUGACUUUGGAGGAAAAUGCGAAAGGGCUGACUUCUUUUUUUUCUUUUUUCUUUUUUCUUUUUUUUUUUUGUUUUGGAAGAUAGUUUGAUCAAUAAAUUGUAGAGGUAAUGAAAUGGUCACAUUGGGAUACACACUUUAUGGGCAAGUUUUGGAAGCCAAAUGCAAUGUAGAAGGCCAACGUUUUUAUUAUAAAUUUUCUUGCCCUCAAAUGGACUUUACUAAGUAGAGACCUCCCCAAGUAUGCCGCCCUUGGUUAACCCUCCCCCCUUCCCUAACUGAAACAAAAUGUUGAAUAAAAGACUUUUACAGUA